AUGCCAGAGGAAACAGUUCGACCUGCAUUUGAAGGCCGUGAGCGCCCACUUCUUUCCUAUGGCCUUGCCUUUCCCGCAGCGACAGCACGCCAUCUUGAUGACAUAUUCCAGGCCUCCCGUGUAUAUGUGAUUUGCUCAGGGUCAUUGGCGCGUAAUACCGAUGUAAUGAACCAACUGGAGACUGCUCUGGGGCCAGAUAAGCUGGUUGGUCAUUGGAUUGGUAUGCGAAGCCACACUUUGUGGUCAGAGGUGCUGCAGAUUGCCGAAGAGGUUAGGACUGUGCAUGCUGAUCUGCUCUUGACCGUUGGAGCUGGCAGCUUGACUGACGGUGCCAAGAUUAUUGCAUUAGUCCUUGCAAAUCAAGUCAGCACACCAGAAGAGCUCGAAACACUUGCAGAAGGCCCCAAAAAGCGAUUGGGAAUCAAAGCUCCAACGCUCCCGAUUAUUUCCGUGCCAACAUCUCUCUCCGCCGGCGAAUACUCAAACUUUGCAGGCGGCACCGAGGACCGCUCAAAGCGUAAAUACAGCUUCCAAAAUCCAAUUCGCGGACCGGAGCUGGUUAUUCUCGACCCGGAGCUGGCGAAAACGACUCCCAAUUCAAUCUGGCUCAGUACAGGUGUGCGCGCAAUUGAUCAUUGUAUCGAAAAUCUGUGUUCGACAUCAGGUACCACUCCGGAAUCAGACAAACUGGCUCGGGGUGCGCUAGGAUUGCUGGUCCCUGGUCUCUUGCGCUGUAAGAAUGACCGAUCAGACCGUGAGGCGCACCUACAGUGUCAACUUGGAUCAGUGGAUGCUAUGGCAGCCUGUACUAGUGGGUCAAUCGAAUUGGGUGCUAGUCAUGGGAUUGGACAUCAGCUUGGUCCACUGGGUGUCGGCCACGGUGAGACCAGUUGUAUCCUGCUACCCGCUGUGUGUAAGUUCAAUGGUAAGUACAACGCCAACCGAGAAAAACAAGCUAGUGUGAGCCAUUUUUUGAUUCAAGAUCCGGUCGUGUCAGAGGUGCUACGUGCCCGCUCGGUCAACGUGGAAGCCUCUGACUUGGGCGAUAUUUUGGAUGCUAUCAUCCGCAAAUUAGGAAUGCCUCGGUCCUUGAGCGAUGUCAAAGUAGGGCGGGAUCAGUUGGAUGGACUGGCGGAGAAUAGCCUACAUGACCGUUGGUGCAAGACAAACCCAGUACCACUGAAGGAGAAAUCCCAGGUACUGGAAAUUUUGGAAAUGGUAGUUUAA